GCGGGGCCUCUCCGGCCGCGGUGCUGGGCACCGGUCAGCGCGGCGGUUGGGUGGGGGCGGCCCUGGCUGGCGGUGUAGGGCCCGGACGGAGGGCACCGAGGAGCCACUGGACCAGACGUCCCGCGCCAUGGACGUGUCCGUGCCCGGUGACGCGGUGGCCACGCGGCUCCCGAGCGUCUGCAGCGCGGCUGGGGCCGCUGAGAGGCCGGAUUCCGUCUUUCCCCGCGUUCCCUUAGGUGUCAGCUGGCUCGCGGCUCCCUAGGGCGUCGUGGGCGCCCCUCGCCGCCGCCGGCACAGACCGGGCCGGCGUUCCCGCCGCUGCGGACGGCUGGGCCCCGCCGGCGCCAUGACGAAGCUGCUGGUGGCCAAGCUGCUGUGCACGGCGGGCGUGUUCGUGUUCAUGCUGCUGGGCGCGCUGCUGCCCGUGCGCUUCCUGGAGGCCGACGCGGGCAAGGCGCAGCGCCCGCGGAAGGUGCUGGCGCUGUGCAACAGCUUCGGCGGCGGCGUCUUCCUGGCCACCUGCUUCAACGCCCUGCUGCCGGCCGUGCGGGACAAGCUGCAGCGGGUGCUGAGCCUGGCCCACGUGAGCACCGACUACCCGCUGGCCGAGACCACCAUGCUGCUGGGCUUCUUCCUGACCCUGCUCUUGGAGCAGCUGGUGCUGACCUUCCGCAAGGAGAAGCCGCCCUUCAUCGACCUGGAGACCUUCAACGCGGGCUCGGACGCGGGCAGCGACUCCGAGUACGAGAGCCCCUUCAUGGGGGGCGCGCGGGGCCACGCCCACGGCCCCCGCCUGCGCGCACAGGAGCUGCUGGGCGCCGGCCCCCUGCGCCUGCUCAGCCUGGUGUCGGCGCUGUCGGCGCACUCGGUCUUCGAGGGCCUGGCGCUGGGCCUGCAGGAGGAGGCCGAGCGCGUGGUCAGCCUGUUCGUGGGCGUGGCCGUCCACGAGACGCUGGUGGCCGUGGCGCUGGGCGUCAGCAUGGCCCGGAGCGCUGUGCCGCUGCGGCACGCGGCCAAGCUGGCGGUCACGGUGAGCGCCAUGAUCCCGCUGGGCGUCGGCGCGGGCCUGGGCAUCGAGAGCGCCCGCGGCCUGGCGGGCAGCGUGGUGUCCGUGCUGCUGCAGGGCCUGGCGGGCGGCACCUUCCUCUUCGUCACCUUCCUGGAGAUCCUGGCCAAGGAGCUGGAGGACAAGAGCGACCGCCUGCUCAGGGUCCUCUUCCUGGUGCUGGGCUACGCCGUGCUGGCCGCCAUGGUCUUCCUCAAGUGAUACAAGCAGUGGGCGAGCGCCCUGUCCUGCCCACCUCCGGCUCCCCCGACGGCCCCAGGGACACCAGGAAGCCUGCCCCGAGCUGCCCGCCACCUCUCACCCUGCAGACCACGCUGAGGGCGCCCCCACGCCGCACGGGAGAUGUCUGAGGGACAGCAGCGCCCCCAAGGGACGCAGGCCGCGCCCCGCCUGCCCGUCUCCCGCCGCUGCCCCACCUGAGGGUUCCACCAGCGACUCGGCCCAUCCGGCAACCACUGCCCGCCAGACCACCAGCAUCCUGCCGGACGGCGCCCCCCCCCCCCCCAGCUGUUGUGGCCAGAGGAGCGGUCAGCCAGGUUCCCCACCUCCCAGGGGCCGCAGGGGACCGGGCCGGCCGGCGAGAGGUCAGCACAUCCCUGAUGUCAAAGCGGAGAUGCUGGACGGACGCCGCGGAAGCAGGCCCGGCCGGGGGCCCCCCCACCAGGCCCUGUGCACCCUGUGGCCGUCGGCGCUUCCGCCUGAAUGACUGGGUCCGCACCGCCCACAGCCCGGGCCAGCCUCCGCCCAGGACCGGACGGGAGUCAGCCGCGGAUACCUCGCCAACUCUGCCCCGGGGGCCGCUGGACCACGGGACCUCUGUGUCCACCAGGACAGGGAGUGCUGGCGUGGGGGGUGGGGCAGGGACAGCACCUGUGCGUGCUCAGCUUGGGUAGACGGACAGAGGCUGCGGCGGCCGCCCGGGGCCUGGACGCCUGAGCUGCCAGCCGGGCCACCCCGGAUACAGUGCCCCGGGCUGCACCCAGGCCACCUCCGUCCGCCCAGCUUGCCAGGCCUCCUGUCCUCUGCGGCCGGGCAGGCCCCGGAUGGACCGAGGGCAGGCCCAGGUGCUGCUCGGGCCGCGUAGUUGGCACCACCUGGGCCUGGGGCCCCUGCCCGGUGGGAGGAGCCUCCCUCGGGAGGCCGUGGCCAGCUCUGCACCCCCUGAGGGUGCCCCACAUGGGCACAGGCCACGGUGGCAUUUCCCCCUCGCUCUGGAGCCCGGCCCACGGCUCGGGUCAGCCGUGGUCACGGGUGUUGGCGGCUCUGCCAGGCGGGGACAGGGAGCAGGGGGCACCUGUUCCUGGACCCAGGGAAGCCAGCAGCGGAUAGGACUGUGGCCCCCAGCCCGCGGCACCAUCAGACCUGGCCCGGCCGCCAGGGGCCCACGCCCGCCUGCCGCAGCGCGGGCCACGAACGGGGGGAGCUUUGGGAAGCCGGUGGCCCGCAGCAAUAAAGACGGGUCCGCCCCGUUCUCCCGG